AAAACACAGCAAAUCAAGUCGGAGCUUUCGAAGACUCUUCGAAAAGUGUCUGGUAUUGAUGAAGAAAGUGGAACACAGCAUCAUCAACUAGAACACUGUGGCGAGUUUCUACGGAUGAAACCAACGGAGAAAUUUACUGAUUACAGCUUACUGAGUGGUUCCACACACAUGCAGCCGUCUAUUCAAUUUGGUCAAAAUGAUAUCCAGUGUUUGUUGGAGGAGAACGCCUUGUUGGAAGAACGCGUGGAACUGUAUUCGAUAGAGCGAAAGAAGCUACUAAGCGACAAUGCCUAUCUUGACCAACUGGUUGACGAAUUGCAAUUACAGCUGAGGAAUGUUCGAUCCGCGCAAAGACCGGAAAUGUUGGAUGCAGCUACUUCGACAACUGAUGUUGGGCACAAUUCCCUAGAUAAUGAGAAAUGCCGGGGCUGUAUCACACUUUGGAGGCAACUUCAGGACUACGUACGUCUAUACGGAAGGCUGAAAAUCCACUGCGCAAAGCCAACAGCCGACCUGAUCUCCACAGGACCUUUGGGGGAACGCGACAACGAUAGUGAGUGUUUCACGACAGCACACCUUCCUUCAUCUAGCGGAGCACAGGAGCCCUGUGCAGAAGACUGCUCAGAUGGAUCCCCGCGUUGUGGAAAGCGACGAACAAAAAGUGCUUGUCUGUUAACUGGUCCACGUGUUCCAAUGUGCGUGACAAAUGCGUAUUCUGAACUGGAUGAUACUGCGUUUCAAUCGGACCUAAGGGACAAUGCGACACUGCUACCAGCAACUAACGAUGGAUAUGAUCUGAAAGGUGCCUUUGACUCUGUGAAACCGUCAGGCACUUUUGCAAUAGGUGUCUCGCAUAAAUUCUGGACCUUCCAUAAGGCGCUGUACGCUAACUCUCGAGGCCGUGUGGAGGUCUACGGGAAGCUCUCGUCUGAGUUCAGUCAGGCACUCAAUGUCUGUGGAGCAGAGGCGCUGUACGCUAACUCUCGAGGCCGUGUGUGUGUCUACGGGAAGCUCUCGUCUGAGUUCACCGCAUCAAAUGGUGCCAGACAGGGUUGUCCUCUUUCAUCUUUCCUCUUCAACUUCGUCAUUGAAACGAUUAUGAAAGACUCACGAUCAGCCUCUAAUGCUUGUGAGGUCGAAGUGCUCCCUGGGUGUCCGCUCACAAAUAUCGAGUACGUGGACAACAUAGCUGUUGUUGGAUCCGACCCCGUGUUAAUCUAA